CAGGUGUUCCAAUCCCCUACAUAUCAUGUGAUUCAGGUGCUCCAAUCCCCUCCAUAUCAUGUGAUUCAGGUGUUCCAAUCCCCUCCAUAUCAUGGGAUUCAGGUGCUCCAAUCCCCUCCAUAUCAUGUGAUUCAGGUGCUCCAAUCCCCUCCAUAUCAUGUGAUUCAGGUGUUCCAAUCCCCUCCAUAUCAUGUGAUUCAGGUGCUCCAAUCCCCUCCAUAUCAUGUGAUUCCGGUGUUUCAAUCCCCUCCAUAUCAUAGUCAAUAGCUAAAGACCUCCAAACUUGGUGUGGCCUUCAGAUGAGCCCAACAACAGAGUGUAGA